AGCUCGGAUAGAGUGAGCGGAGAGAGAGAAGGGAAAUAAGAGAGAGAGAAAAGCUGAGCCGAGCUCGGAAGCUUUGAAGUGAUAAAUUAAUUAAUCCAGAGAGAGAGAGAGAGAGAGCGAGAGAGAAGUUUCUAGAACCCGCCGGUUGGGAGAUUUUAAGCGGCCGGUUGUGGGGCACUGAGCGCCCGGCGGUUAAGAUGGGGCUGAAAGCGGGCGGCUGGUGGGGGCUGGUCCGCUACCUGCACCACCCCGACCAAGUGGCCCGAUUUCAGCGGCUGUGCGGCGUGUUGGCCGUCCGCUCCGCCCAUCAUCCGCUCUCAAACGGCGACUGCCGCCACCCCGGGGCCGGAGGAGGAGGAGGAGGAGGAGGAGGCGGGGGGGAGCCGGAGGAGAGCGGCGCUAGUUACCGGGGGGAGGAACCGCAGCCUGGCGGUGACGGCGGCAAGCGGCAUCUCGGCAAGAAGAACGGCGUGGCCUGCGAGCCGGCGGGCCCGACCCGGCCCUGCAGCGACACGCCGGCGGCGGCCGAUCGCAGGGACAAGCCGAGGCGGAGGAACUCGCUGAACGACGACGGUGGUGGGGGGAAGGGGGGGGAGGAGGAGGAGGAGGCGGCGGGCACCGAGUUCAUCGUCCGCAACCGGCUGCUCUAUUACCUCUUCAGCUUCGGCACCGAGCUGGGCAACGAGCUCUUCUACAUCACCUUCUUCCCCUUCUGGCUCUGGAACAUCGACCCCUACGUCGGCCGCCGGCUCAUCGUUAUCUGGGUGUGGGUCAUGUACCUGGGCCAAUGCACCAAGGACAUCAUCCGCUGGCCCCGGCCCCGCUCCCCUCCUGUUGUCAAGGUGGAGAUCUUCUAUGACUCCGAGUACGGGAUGCCCUCCACACACGCCAUGUCGGGCACGGCCAUCCCCUUCUCGCUUUUCUUCCUAACCGUCGGCCGGUGGCAGUAUCCAUAUGCAUUUGGACUACUCCUGGCUUCAAGCUGGUGUAUCCUUGUUUGCCUCAGUCGACUCUACAUGGGGAUGCAUUCUAUUCUGGAUAUCAUCGCUGGUGUGCUUUACAGCAUCCUAAUCUUAAUCAUCUUCCACCCAGCUUUGGACAUAAUUGACAACUUCAACUUAACCUACAAGUAUGCCCCUUUAUUCAUCAUCAGCCUUCACCUAGGAAUGGGACUCUUUUCAUUUACCCUCGACACAUGGAGCACAUCGCGUGGUGACACGGCCGAAAUUCUAGGCUCAGGCGCAGGUAUCGCUUGUGCAUCUCAUUUUAAUCACAUGUUUGGCAUAUUGCCAGACCCUCCCCUUGAUGCUCUGCCAUUUUCUCCCCCAGCAAUCACAUUUAAUCUCAUUACAAGAGCUUUUCUGCGUUUUGCACUUGGGGUGGUGGUCCUGUUACUAACCAGAGCAGUGCUGAAAGCAUGCACUAUCCCUCUGGCCUGCAAGAUAUUUCGUAUUCCAUGCACUGACAUCCGCCAGGCACGGAAGAGAAUGGAGGUGGAACUUCCCUAUCGUUACAUGACAUAUGGAAUGGUAGGAUUUGUGGCCCUGUUUCUGGUUCCCUCCUUAUUUAAUUACCUGAAUCUCUCUUGAUGGGAGGACAAAGUCUUUUUGACACAGCUAUUAAUUGGAAGCAGGAAUGCAAAGUUUUGAAUGGAAAUCUUCCAGAUCAGUUACCUGUUCUGUCCAUGCCCCUGAGCAGGCAUCUGUUUGGCCACAUAUGAAGCCUGUAGUUGUCUGGAAGAGAACGCUGAGAUGUGACUACAAAUUUAAGAAGUUGGUUAUUUUUCCUAUAUCUAGACGGAAGAUUUCUGAGACUAGCCUUCUGAAGAGCAUAUGAGGAGAAGGAACUCAUAAUGGUUAUGAAAGUUUGUAUUAAGUUCCUGCAAAAGCUGAUUAAAUAUGUGCAGAAUGAGUACAAAUGUAAUUUAGUAAUAACAAAGACUCAAAUUUCAGGUACCUAACAGCUUAUUCAAUUGUGCCUUUUAGUUUAUUGCAUAAGAAUUGCUGUAAUUUCAGCAGUGAUAUCAUAAAUUUUAACUGCCUCAAAUGAUGAGUUGCAACAAUUUUCUCUGACAUUCCCUUCCACCAUGUUGGGGUUGUAGUCCCGUUAAUUGUUUAAGCUUAGACCACACUCCUAAUUUACAACUGAAAUGUACCUUCCAAGUACUGCAAUUGUGCAGUGUUUCAUCUGGGCACUUGAAUUCUUUUUUAAGUGCGUAUUUUUUCAGUUUUGAUUAAUCAGACCUGUUUUUAAAUGCAAGCUCUGGAGUAUUAGGAUACAAGAUGUCAUUAGCUUUGAUAUUUUGGAAUCACUAACACUGGAUUCAAUGCCUUUUGAUAUGCAAGAUUGCCCCUUAUGUUUAAAUUUUCAGCCUGAGACCUUCUAGUUAAACUUGUAUUGCUUAUGUCCCACAUUUUAGAGUCCACAUAGGAUUUGGGACUAAUGUAUGCAUGGCUUCCUACAAUGGUAGCCACUUUACAUACAAUGAUAAAGAUGCUGGUGAUUUCCCUCACUGAAAUACACCAUGGUAAUGGCUUUUUCCUGCAUGGCUUUGCAGUCUUGCGCUAUAUGUAAUACAGGAUGUCAUGAAUCUGCUGCCAUCUGGGGAGACUGUUAAUCUAAAAAUCUCUUCUAAUGGAUGAUGCCCUUGACUUCCCUAUCCUGUGGCAUGUGUAUCAUGAAAGAUGUGAAAGCUGCUUUCAUUUGAAGGCUACUCAGUAGAAACUGGACAAUCUUAUCUUUCUAGGAGGGGGAGCUUGAUACAAGAAUCUUAUUUGCUGCACAAUUUAAACAUUUCCCAGUGGGAAUACCAUGCUCUCACAAAAAAAUGCACUUUUUCAAUGUAAUCUAUUUCUCAGCCUCAGUGUUUCACAACAUUUUCCCUUGUUAUUAUUAGUUUGUGAAGGUGGCUUGGGUGACUUGCAUAACCACUGAUCAUCCUUACAGAAACAGGAACUGAAGCUGUGUUUGUCAGUACACAGUAUUAAUCAUAACCACAUUGUCGUUAAAUUGAAAAAAGUUCUAUUUUUCAUCUGAAGUAUGAACAUUUCUGCUUUUGUUCCAGCUUUUGUCGCACCCAUGGCAUUAGUCCCCGUAGCAGAAAGUCCAAUAAGGUUUUUAGUUAGCCUGCAGUAUUGCAUGUCACUCUGAAGACAGACUGACUAUAACUCUACUUUUGAACUGGCCAUGGAUUCUGAUUUCAUUCUCACCUUAAAAAUCAGGUGCCCUAGUUUCACCUCCACAAAAACUUUUUGUAUUAACUAUACCUGCUGCUGUGGUAUGUGCUGUUGACAAUUGCUACCUAGUUGACCACUCACUGCAAAAAUCUCACUUGAUUUUUUUUAAAAUCUUGGAUUUUAAGGGUAGCCAGAGUUUUGUUGCCCCUCUCGCCUAAACUCGCCUGUACCAUACUUCACACUUGUCUGAAAUGGCAGUAAGCUCGAUUUUCACUAAUUCCAUUGAUGCAGAGUUCCAUAAUGUCUUGUAGGCAAGUUUAUGCCGUGCUAGAGGAGAAGCAUCCUGUGCAUCUUAUGAAUGACCAUGAAGGGUUCCAUUGGAAAAUCCAUCAAAGGGCCUCUGAAUACUCCUCCCAUUGGGUUUUCUGCUUGCAGGAUCACGUUGAUGUGCAGAUUGAACUUGUGUGCUAAACUUCUGGAGUGUUGUUUGCAAAACAAAGUUGACAAAGUAGUUUAUUUUCUUUCUGCACUAUUCCAUUGCAUUCUAUACGUGUGGCUAAGGAACUCAUUAUCAUUGGUAGCACUGUACUCCUGAGGUAAAAUAUUGAAGGGUGUAGCAUGGAGUAGGGUUGGGGGGGAUUAAUUAGAACAUCUGUUCACGAAUACACUACCUUGUAGAAACAAAACUAUCCCUUAGAUUUUAGAACUUGGCUAAAACCAUAAGGAAAAUAUUUAAACGAGUAUGACUGAAGGUAAUGUUAUAGAUGCUGUGCUGUACAUUGACACUGGACUCACCAACUAUGCUGCAAUAUUUUUUGAUAGCGUAGGACAUGUGAAUUAGAAAGUAUUUGGGUUCCAGUGUAAAAGUUUGAUGAAUUAGCAUAUUGGUUUGUUUAUUAGCCCUCUUCUCUUUUCUCCCCCCGCCACCACACCACCUUUCAAUAAUGUCUCUUAAUUGGAAAGCUGUAAGGCUGUUUUGUCCUGAGCAGCCUUUCAUCUUUAAAAAUGUGAACCUGCGUUUUAUUGAUUAUGCACUCUCUUAAGUUUUUGCUGCUUGUGGGGAGAGAUAGGAGACUUAAACAGAUUUAUUUAGAAGCUUCAAACCUACAGUAACAUAUAUAUAUCAUUAUGUAUAAAUUAAUAUUGUCUUCCUACAUUACUAUUAAAUAGACAUCUGCAAAAUGUAGGAAGACAAUGAAUUAUUUCUAGUGUAAAAGCACCUGAAUUUCCCUGGAUUUUGACAAUGAUUUGCCCUUCCUUUCCCAAUGACAGUUGGUGGUUAAACACACAAUGUGCUAUGUCACUGUGCCAUAGGAGCUAGAAAGGCCUCUGGUUCAAUCCGUGCACUGUAACAAGUUAAUUAUUUGAGUUGGAAUGGCAGCAAGGCCACUACCAAUGGUUUUGACAUCGCUGAGGCUUAAAUUUAAUCUAUUGAUCUUGCCAUCCAGUGAGCUCCAGUUGAAUGAAUGCCUGGAGCUUGGGCAUGAUCAGGCCCGGCUGUAAUGGAGGCCACUGUACCAUGGAGUAAUCUGUUGAUACUGUGCCCAAGCCCAAACAUUACAUCUUUCCCCCUACUAUCCUGAUGCUCAUAAAGAAAGCCUAAAGGGCAAAGGGCGCUCAAAUUAUUAUUAUGUUUGAAUCAGUGCUGUAAGAGCUAAAGCUUUUUAACCAGAGACCCUGGGCAUGUGGGGAUUGUUGAGUGCUGAGCACUUCUGUCAACUCAUAACAACAUUAAAAUAGUGUUGUGAGUCUGUUGUAUGAAAUAUAAAUAAGGAUAGAUUGUUUUUAUAAGAAGGUGUGUGUUCCUUCGUAGGAAUGCAUUUUUUUUUGUUUCAGCUCUUGGUGUUUAUGGUGAUUGGGUCAUGGAAAAUGUUUAAAUUUGCACUAGUGAUUUAAUGUAAGUAAGUUCUAUAGUCAUUUCAAACUACAUUUGAGUCUAUAUGAAUAAUAUAUUCAUCCGUUCUAAAUCUGGAACUUCUCAGAUUAUUGUGGUCCAAUAAUCUUAUUGGUGCUAAUGCACAAUGACUCUUUUGGGAUACUCCCUUCCUAUUUAUUCCACAUGUCUGUAAAUGAGGCUUGUUAGAAUUUGGGCCACAUUUUUGAAUGUUAUAACCAAAGCAGGUUCCUGCAUCCCUUACGAAAUGUGCUUUCUGGAAUGGGGAUACUUUAUGAAAGCAGAAGCAGAAUAGAAUUCUCACAGUUGCACGUUAACAACAAGCAUUAUUUUUUUUCAGUGCUAAUAGAUCCAAUGCGCUUUUCUGUGCAUCAUAAAAAGGUUUUCUUUUCACUUUCCAAUAGUGUAUGUAGUAAAGUAGAACUGAUUGAAGCCAAAGAGAGUUUCUUAACCCGUUCUGGAAAUAAACAAAAAAAACAUUGGAAACUUGUAUUUAAAAUUUUACUCAGAAAUAUUGCAAUCCUUAAAGGGCUGAAAGAAUAUUUUGGGUGAAACAGGUUAUUUAUUAAAGCAUUAAAUGCAAUUCCUUUGCUUUACUGCUAACUGAAUAAAGAUUCAUCAUGCUAUACAGUUUUUCUGAAGUUAAUAAAUCUAUUGACCAUAACAGUUUGCAAGAUCUGACUGUUCAUCCAGUAACUUGCCUCAUUUCCUUGUGCAUGUGCACACACAGGGGAGUUGCCUGUGUGUUGAAGCUGCAUGGGCAGCUGAUUGGUUUGCUGAGAUAAAUCUGCUCCUUGCAAAUUAUGCACAUGUGGGAAUGGCAGACACAGGAGAUCAGAAAGCAAAGCCAUAAAUGGGAGUGUCCUGUGGGGAAGUUUAGUCCUGGGUUGGGAUCAUGCUGGCAAACAGUGAAUUCCUGUAAAAAGUUCUGUUAAAGAAUAUUUCCCCACCUUUUUGCAGACUGUCCUUGUAACUCAUUAAUAAGAGCCUCUAUCAUUUCAACUGGCCACUUAAAAUGCAGAGAAGAGGAUACAUAGUUGUGGAAUUAUUUGUGGAGUCCUGAUAAAAUAACAAAGUCUAGCAAUUGCCUCGAAUUGCAGUGAUUGUAGGAAUUGGCUGUUUUCAAAAUAUACAAUUGCCUUUUUAAUCUUCAUUUGAAUAAUUCACAAAGGCUGUGGACUUAAAUAGAUGCAUUCAUUGUGGCACAUGUUUCAAAUUGUAAUGUAAUCAUAUGGAUGUUAUUGACUGUAAAUGGAUUUGUAAGUUCAUGUGAGACCACUCAAAAGCAACAAAAAUGCAUGAUAACAAUCCUUCUGUGUUCACUGCCAGAACAUCUAUAUACUGUAUGGGAUUCUUCAAACUGAACAGGAUCCAUGGUGAUUAAAAUUAACUACAGUAUUUGCUUCCUUUACUUUUUUUUAAAUAAUUGUUUCCUCUUUGCUCUUUGCUCAUUGUUGAACUUCUUGAUCUCUAUUUUUGCUCCUCCACCAAGAAAGUUAAACCUACUCCUGAUGACCUUUCCCCUAUUCGCUGACACAGCUUUUGUGCUUUUGCUCUUAGCCAUUAACCUCUAAACUAAUUUAGUUUUAAUCUGCUAAAAAUGGAAGUUUUUUGUUUGUUUUCUCUGUCUGGUUUCUGGUUUUUUUAUAAAGCAAUUCAAGCUAUUGGAAGUGCUAGCAAUGCGAUUUGAGAUGGUCCGUUUUAGGCCAAAAUCUGGGGGAUGGACAGAAAGUCCUUUAGCCCAGCUGAGCAGGUUGUCACCGAUGAGCACAACCUAUACUUAGAGCAAAUUGGAGAGUGUGGUAUGUCCUGAUUGUGGAAAUUUGGUCUGUUUUCUGCAAUUUUCAGUGUAAUUUACAUUGCAAUAAAUUAUCUGCUCAAAGGAUAUUUUAGGAUGAGAGAUGCGAGGGGAUGAAAGGGGCUCAAAGUCCAUAUCUAAACACAUGGUACGAUUCUUGGCUGGCAUAUAUCCACAGCAGAACUUGGAAAAAAAAAACAAAGACAAACAAUUGUCACAGGUAUAUGAAGUGACUGAAGAGUAAAUGUACUGGUAAUUAAAUAUGUUUAAUUAUUAUUUGAAUGUUGAACAGUUGUGAAUAAAGAUGCAUUGCAUUCUUUUACUGAAGUUAAUGAAAUGUAGAACAAAAUAUGUUUUUACAAAGUUAUGUUGGUAGCACCAGGACAGUAUUUUUUUUGUCACAAGCAUGCGUUUGUUUUUUCUCAAACUUUCCAGAUCUUUUAAAUGUUGGUUUUCAGAUCACUAUCUUGCCUUGAACUCUGUGGCUUUAAAUAUUGUAACAGUUUGUGUGUUAAUCAUUGGUUUUCCUCCCCAUCCUCCAACAGUGUUAGCUCUGCUGGUCAGCAAUGUCUUGUAUGCGACACAGUUCACAAUUCACUUACAUCAUUGCAGUUUGCACUGAGCUUAAAAUAAAAAGUCCAAUGAACUUGA